UUCUGGAGAUAAUGUAUUAAAUUCCGUCAGUUCGAGACCCAUAUAUAGGUUGUUUGGCUCUGAAGCUUAUGUUAUAUACACUAUUUUUGCCUAUUUGUCUAUCAGCUAUUUUGUUUGUUACAGUUCAGAUCUAAAAUGGAUUCCUAUACAAGGACAGGAAGGUAUUUUCGGUGAAAAUAGCCCUUCUCCGGUCUCGCAAACAAUACUUCUUAAUAAAAUGACCCCAGGCGAUGAAGUUAUAGCCACGUGUGUCGCUGUUAAAGGUAUUGGGCGAGACCACGCUAAGUUUUCUCCAGUCUCUGCUGCUUUUUAUAAAUUCCAUUCCCGGAUUCGUAUUCUUCGUCCUGUGGAGGGUGAAGAGGCAGAAAAGUUAAAAGCGUCUUUUGUGCCUGGAGUAAUUGAGAUAGACUAUCCGGACCAUGUCGCGCGUGUUGCUCAGGAACGCUUAGACAAUGGGUCUAGAGACUACGAGCGGCUUCUAGAGUUUGAAACUAGAGAAGGAAUCGAAGCAGGAAUAGAUUCAAAUCACAUAAUUUUUCAAGUAGAAACCACGUCUGCCUCGUUUCGACCUCCACAUAGUAUAGUAAGAGCUGCCUUCAAUAUAAUGCUAUGCAAAUGUGCUCACUAUUUGGCUAUUAUACGCAGUCCUGGAUUCUCGGACUCGAAUUUUGCUGAUUUUGACGAGACCAGUGCAGGACAGACCUCAGGUUCACUAGCAGAGAGUCAAGGGAAGCGUGCAUUUCUGAAUGGUCGCGAGGUUGGCCUUGACUUAAUUCAUCAAUCGCUUGAUGGCCGCGUGGCGACUUUCACUUUUUAUGGAGAAGAUCACACAUUAGGUGCUGCGCUGAGAUUUUGCAUCUUACAAAGGUAA